AUGGAGCACGUCUUUGGGACCAAAGUCGCCAAGGAGUCAGGGUCUACAGAGGGCUCGCUGGCAAAUGGGGCUGAACUCGUGAGGCGGCUCAUCGAACCAACGGUCAUUCUCCCUCAGAGUAAGGCUCAAGGUGGAGAAGCGCCGUUAGAUGAGGAACAUGGCCCGGCAGACCACCCUGUCGAAGAGGAAACGGUGCGCGCUCCCCGCUCCACUUCCUUUCGUGUCGCAAUCGAAGAGCCGAAAGUUAUGUUGGCUGAGCGCUGGCUGAUAAACAUAAGAGCUCAGGCCAACGCCAUCGCGAGUGAGUCGACUGCCGAGGCGCAAGGGUGCAUGAACAGCGGAGGAGCGAUGGACUUCAUCAAGCUGCAGAGCGUCCUUGAGAAGCUCAGGCGCGGGUAUGAUAAGCUCAUGACUCCCCCGAGCUCCGUUCACCAGCAGUUCGUCGAGCUCCGCAACCGCCUCGCUGCCGAGAAAGCGCCCGCGGCCUUUGACAGCUCCGACCAAGCGAAGGUCUGCGGAUGGACGACGGAGAGCCGGCACGCAGAAGCUGGCAGCAAAUUUCUUGUGGCGCGUGCGGUAACGAGAAGCCUCGUUCCGGCUCUGAAAACCAACAGGGUCUCGGUCAUGCCCCUCUGUGCCCUGCCUCAGCGAGGCGUGGUUCCUGAAGUCUCGGGAAACCCUGCCGUGAUCAUGAAAGUUGCUGAGGAGGACUGCAAGGGGGACCGCUGCAUCUGCAGAUACGUCCCCGCUUACUGGCCAUUCCUGCUGCGCUGCUGCCUCCGGAUCGUGACUCACAAGUAUGUGAACACGAACGUGCCUCUGGCAGAGCAGCUGUCACACAUUGCGGCUGGUUCUUCGAGCCUGACGUUUGGACUGAUGCAAGUCCGGAAGACCCGCAUUGCUGCCCAGUCUGUUUGGGCACUCCGGUUCAUCUUCGGCCAGCUGCCCGUCUACUACACGAUGGCCAGGAACAUCAUUCAGAGCCGGUACAAUAUCUGGACGGCGCUCGAGGACGUCAACAAAGACGUCAGAGCGCUCUUGACCGCACCUGGCCUGGGUCUCACCUUGACUCCCGCAUCGACCUCGAUAUUUGAGGCAAUACCCGUCAGGAAUCUGCACGUGAUACCGAUGCUCCGCGACCUUCCAGAGGACCGCGAGUACGACCCGCUGUGCCUGCAGCAAGUCGUCGUGCGAAGCGCCCGGGCUGACAUGGUCGCAAAAACCGUCGACUUCGAGGGGGGCUUGGUUGAGGCCAUGAUGGCCCCCCUGCUGGAGAGCCGCCAGCUGAUGCGCGCAACCAGCCAGGAAACGGGGAAGCUUCUGUACCCCAUCUCCGUCACGUUCGACGAGUGGGACCUCUGCCGGCAGUCGUUCUGCCUGCAGAAAGGCGGCCGCGUGAUGAUCGGGGCGCUCGACCGGGGCGUCUUCCGCGGGACCCGGGACGGCGCGCGGCCCCUGGUGGAGAGCGUGGCGGCGGUCGCCGGGAUCACCGCGACUCCGUUCGCCCUGCUCGGGCUCCAGACAGCCCUCGAACGCCCUCUCCGAGUGGUCCUCCUGGCCCCCGAGACCGGCACGUACUACGGCCUCCCCUACCUGGCGGAUCCCGCCACGGUCCAGUACCACGAAGUCGAACUCGUCGUGGACGCCAGAUUUGCCGUCACCGAAAACACGAAACCGAAAUUUCAGCUGGAGAAACACCCUGCGGUAAAGCGCAUGAUCGCAGACAUGGUGACGGACUACAGGGCGAUCCAGGCGGCGCAGGAGCAGCCGCCUAACUCCCACGUGCACGGUUUGGUGGUGAAUAGCGUGCGCCACGGCGAUCAUAUGCAGGUGGCUUACGAGUGUCUCGACCACUUCGAGCGCGAGGGAGUCCCCGCGAUUGCCCUGAUCGACAACAACGGGAAGCGAGAAGCGGGCAAGACGGCCAUGACGUACGUCUUUCCGGAAACUCUGGUAAAGGCCGGCAUCCCCAGCCUCUUCGUGCUACCCGGGCUAAACGAACAGGGGCAACUAGACCUGACCUCGCAGGAGACGGUCUGGACGGACGCUCUGUUCCGCACGUUGCCCGAACAGCUUCAGCGCUGGCUUCUCACGAACAAUGGCGCCAUCAGAGGGAAGCAGCUAGAGCACCUCGCCAUCCACCCGAACGAGCUACUUUUUCCGGGUCAUCUUCAAGCUGAUCUCCGCUGCUACGCUCUGCAACUGGAGUGGGAACUUAUGUGGAGCCCGACUCUCUGGAAGAGAGGUGUCAAAGGUCUGAUUAUGAUGACCGUUGCUGGCACGAAAGCAAACCGCGCAAACGCCUACAAGACGAUCUACCACUGCGCUCACCUGACGCACGCGUACUUCUACAUCAGCAUGAAGCACGAGGCUUCCAACGCGGAGAUGCUGCUGCAGAGGCUGGGGCGCAUCUGCACGACCCAGUACGGGCCCGGGAUCAAGCGCCUGCCGAAGCUGUACCUGCCCGAGUCGGUACAUGUCCUUCUCCAGGCGUGUCAAACGCUUUACAAGCGGGUUUGGCAGCGCAUCGCGGCCGCGCGCGGCGCGCCGGUGGACCAGGACAUCAUCCACAACGAGCAGUUCAAGCACGAGCUCGCCGCGCUGGUGAUGAAGCACAGCCAGAAGCUGAAGGUCUCCCGGCGGGACAUCAACGAGGGCGUGUUCGCCGGCCACACGGCCGUCUGCAAGGACGGGAUCCUCGUCCGUCAGUUCCGAUCGGAGAUGGUCGGCAAGCUUGGGGGGUUCAGCGCGGUCGACCGAGAUUUUCCACUGGGCGAGGUGGACUUGCUGGACCCCGAGGCGGUCGAAACGGCGCGGAGGGAGCUCCUCGCGAGCAUCGCCAAAGAGUACGUGCCCAAGGGCCAGAGCCUCGAGGACGUGAUGAAGCUCAUCAGGGUGGCGAAUCGGGUCGUCUUCCUUCCCGUCAAAGUGCUAUUCGCCAACACGCGGAACCCACUCAACCUCGACGAGUUUGAGAGCUACAUGCUCGACCACGAGAACCGCAUAGCGCCGUCGAAGAAGGGCCAGCCGAAGGACAAAUACGUGGACGAGAUCCGCAGCGCGAUCACCGAGAGCCUGCGGAAGCGCGCCCUGACGCCGGAAGAGCGCUCGUACCUCGGCCGGAAGGAGCUCGUGCAACUAGGGGCGGGCCCAAAGCUUCUGAUCGAAGCGAACCUCUGCCCGUUCGUCGGGGAGGUCCACAGCCAGAGGGGCCACGUGAGGGUCGUGGCGAGGAUUUUGGACGGCAAGACGGUGAUGGCGAUUGUUCCCAACCCGGAGUAUCCGCACUGCUCGGGUCGCAAGCCGGCGAGCGAGUUGCAGGAACUGAUCUACGGGGACCUGAUCACGGCGCGGUUUAUCCUGCGGCUGCCGGCCGAGAUGGAGAAGGGGCCGGCGGCCGCAAGGGACUAUGCAGGCCCGAUGCGUCUGGUUAUGCGCCUCCAAAGGGGGUUCCGCCAGGGUCAGCAGACGGACGAGCAGAUCGAGCUCAAGAUUGACAAGGAAGGUCAGCCGAAGAGGAAUGCCCCGCCACCUAGGUCUGAGGAAGGCCCGUCGGAAAAGCGAGAGGUGUCUCCAGCAAUGGACGGGCAAAGAGCGGCAGCAGCAGACGAGCGCGUCACGGCGACCAAGGCGAACAAAGCCAAUGGCUCGGCUGAGCCUUCCAAGUCACCUGGCCGUCGCCCAGCAACAAAUUUCCCAAUGGAUUCGGAGACGGAAUCGGACAAGGGCGACGAGAUGCCGCCAAAGCCGACUGAAGCGGGCCCUUCGACUCAGCGAACCUCAGCCGGCCCUUCGUACAAUCUGGGAGUCUGCCGUCCCGGAAAGCGGGCAGUGCGCUCCUCCCCUGAUGCAAACCCCGACUCUGAUGCGGGGAAAGCCAAGAUGCGAAAAGUCGCCCCGUCCGACGGCGAGAGCGACGAGUGCUGGAUGGAUAUAGUCGAAGAGGCCAUCGACCUGACAUACAAGCAGGGGAAACGAAUGAAGGAGCUCAUCAGCCAGGCCGAGGCAGCGGUCACGCGGACUGUCAGGGACCCCAGCGCGCGACUCGAACUUUUGACGGGUCUGGUCGUGGCAAGGGAGAAGAUCAAGAGGAACGACACUGCGGGCGCUUGUAAAGCGGCCUUGAAGGACAUUCAGGAGAAGUACCAAACCUCGGAACAGGAAGAGUCGUCAUCAUCGUUCAAAACGUCGGCUUCGACUUCGAGCGAGCAGAACAAAAAAGCAGGGUCCGCAUCGGAGUGA